AUGAACAGUACAGACAAUACAGUGAUUCAGUUGCUUCAAGGAAUACAAGCUGCACUUAUUUCCCUAAAGAGUGGUCAAGAAGCAUUGCUAGGCCAUCGGGAAUUUCCAGAUAGAACUAUUGUAACCUCUACCAGUACUCUUACUGGCAUCAUUCCAAGACCCGUAUCAAAAAUCAACAAUAUAACUUUAAAGCAUAUAUACAAGAUGAUAACAGACGAUCUUAGAAUAGAAUUGACCGAGGAAACCAAGAGAAUUGUUAACACAUGUACCAAGGUCAUAUGUGAUCAACUGGCAGCUCUUCCAUCUGUUCAGGAUCUUGGAACAAACCCUGGCUGGUCAUUGCUUCCUCAAGAGGAUAAAAACAGGCUGUGUAUCAAUCAUUCCAUCAUACUCAGAGACAAUGGAAUCGAUUUUACCAGAUGCCACAGAAACUGGGCAUCAAUUGCAAGGGUUAGCCAGCUCUGGAGAGGGCGUAAGAAGCGAGAAUACUCUGGAAUUUUAGCCAGUACGAUUCAUGAAUAA